GAAUGGGAAUCUCCCGAAGUCUCCUUGACAUUUUCGUAGAUCGGAGUGUGUGUGUGUUUGCGUGUAAUAUACACACGCGCACACAUAGAUCCCUGUGUGGUUUUUUGUUUAGAUUGUAGCGUCACUUUUCUGGGAGUAAAUUACUGAAUAGAAAGAAUCGAAUUAUAGGGCGUCUGAUUGUCCUCUUAAACAGUAUUUUGUUUUCUCAUGACGGCUUCCAGAGGCGCUCUUCACGAGUGGCGCAGAGAAUUUUAGUCUAGUACAACAUUUGGUUUGACCCAGGGCCGCAUCAUUUAUUCUUCAUACUUCAUAUGCGUUUUGAGAAAUGGGAAAGUAGGGCACUGAGGUUCAGGAAAUGGUUGCUCUUGUUUUGCGUUAUCUGGGCUCCUCCCUCCGCCCAUUUCUCGUUGGUUAGCCUUGCCACUAGAAGAGACCACAACCUCACUUCAGACGUUUGAAGUAGCAUUUCAGGCCACCAAGAGAGAAAGAAGACAUGUCAUUUCGAGGGAGAGGUGGAAAUAAUCGUGGUGGAUUCAAUCGUGGUGGCGGCGGUUUCAAUAGAGGUGGAAGAGGUGGUGGAAGAGGUGGAUUUGGACGUGGAGGAAGAGGACGUGGUGGCUUUAAUAGGGGCAGUUAUGACCAAGGACCUCCAGAAAGUGUAGUUAUUCUUGGAGAGUUUAUGCAUCCUUGUGAAGAUGACAUUGUUUGUAAAUGUGUCACUCAAGAAAACAAAGUACCUUAUUUUAAUGCACCAGUUUAUUUAGAAAAUAAAGAACAGAUUGGGAAAGUGGAUGAAAUAUUUGGGCAACUUAGAGACUUUUAUUUUUCAGUUAAACUGUCAGAAAAUAUGAAAGCUUCAUCUUUCAAAAAAUUACAAAAGUUUUACAUCGAUCCAGCAAAAUUGCUUCCUCUGCAGAGGUUUUUGCCAAGGCCUCCUGGUGAGAAAGGAGCUCCAAGAGGUGGAAGAGGUGGACGAGGUGGGCGAGGUGGAGGUGGAAGAGGUGGAGGUGGAAGAGGUGGAGGUGGUUUCAGAGGUGGUAGAGGUGGUGGAGGUUUCAGAGGAGGACGAGGCAGAGGUGGUGGCCGAGGAUUUAGGGGCAGAGGACACUAAGUGGAGCUGCUGGAAACACCAAGUUUAUGGUUUCGUCAGUAAAAUGUAAAGAGAAGACUUCGUAUGAACUUGAAUGCCACAAAAUGGAAGCAAUUUUAAGCAUACAGUUAGCUGAAGGAGUAAAGUGUUAUCAUGCCAAUAGUUUAUGGGUUUCUUUUAAUAUGCAACAGUUUUAAGAACUACAGGUAUAUGACUUGCAAUCUGUGUCAUUAUUUGGAGACAUUAAGCAGAAGAUUAUUUUUAAACUUUUUAAGGGGACUAUUUUAAAUGUCAGGAUUUUAUCCACUUGAGCAAUCAGUGAAACUCUAAAUAACAACUUUAAAAGGUGCCUAGUUAAAAAUUUCAAAUAAAAAUCUUCUGGAUUUCUGGUAGUUGAUUUUAAAAUAUUAAUUUAUAGAUCCACCCCAAAAUGUAUCAAAAU